AUGUCAACUGCUUUUGAUGUCAUUUGCAUUGGCAUCUUUUUUACUUUAGCUGCAAUAUACUACAUAUGGAGGCAAGGAGGUAAAGAAACGCCGUUCACCGUCACGGAAGAAAAGAGCAAGGAUGAUAAAUUCAUUACCGAUCCAAGCCCACUCCACUCCCUCUUUCCAGAGAUGCUGGACACAUACAAAGGUGAACGUGAUCAUAUCUACGUAAACAAAGUUCUUCGUCAACCUUAUCAUCAAACCAUGUCACAUCAACCAAUGAACGUAAACGAUUGGAUCGAAAUUGAUGCAGAUUAUAAACAAGAUCUUCAAGCAAAACAAAGGUUGAUUCAAACGCAAGGAAAAGUAGUUUUGGAUCUUAUUGAUGAUGAUAAAGUUCGGCUAGGAUGCCAAGAGUUGAUGGAACAUGUUUGUGAUUGGAUCACGAAACGGUAUCCAAACCUGUUUCAAUGGCAAUCUUCUUCUACUAUCCUCAACAAAGUUACUGGUGAAUCAAUGUCUUUGAUCGAUUCAUCAACAGAAAAACUCAAAUCAGGUACAGAAGCAUUACGUGUGGUCAGCAAUUUGGUCCAAGAUGAUUUCUUAAUUGCUUCACCUUUGCCUGAUGGUCAUUGGUUAUGCGCCGGAGGAUUGGUAUGCUUUCCGGGUUUUUAUUUGCUAUCAGAAAAGAUUGGAACGACACUUUUUGCAACACAUAAACCUGUUCCACAAUUCAACGAAAAGAUUUUGUUAAGCGUUGAACGUACAUUGACAAGGUUACAGCCUAAUGCGCCAAUCGAACGUACAUCAUGGGAAGUUGUUGAUUCGAAAGAAGAUCAAUUUUGGGUUCCGAUGGCAGGUCCUUUACCAACCUCAACAGGCGCAAAGCCAAUGUAUCCACAUCAUACAACCGGUCGUGAUGUCGAUGCAACAAAGUAUGAAGAUGCAUCAAAAUUAAUCUUACGUUUAGAUCAUCAAACAUUCUCAAAAAUGCCAAAGAGUGGAAUCAUCUUUUUUGGCAUUCAUCCGUUCAGAAGACAAAUGUCAGACUUACGUCAUUCUCCAUUGUUACCAAGACUUUUGCUGGAGAUUCAUCGUACAGGACCGAAAGAUUUGAUGAAAUAUAAAGCAGCCCCGCAAUACGAAGCAAGCGUUAUACCUUAUUUGCAAGAAUUGGACAGAUGGCAAACCAGCGUGGGUCUAGCAAAAGAAGAUGAUCGAGUGCAAGAUUUCCGUUUAUGCAAAGAUAGGAAAGCAGAGUUGUAAUCUUCACAUUAUAUAUUCAUACCAAUUCAUUCAAUUCAAAUGCAUUACAAAUGACUGAAAAUUAAGGGUAUUCGUCGUUAGUAAUGAUUAGUGCUUUUCUUGCUAUCAUACUCAUUCCACUUACGCGGCAAUGAGUUUUUGCAAUUCUCCUUUUGAGUGUAAAUCUUGCAAAUCACUGUUUCCACCGAUGUGCUUUCC